ACGUGGUGGAACUUGAGGCGGGUCUAUAGACCCACGCUCAACAGCCUACCCUUCCAGCUCUUUCCAGCCUCAAAAAUGGCUACCUCCACUUCUUCCCAGCUUUUUUCUGCCUUAUUAAUCGCAUUUUUCGUCUCCGUGGUGAACUCCCAGUAUGAGAAAUACAGCUUCAGGAGUUUCCCCAGGCAUGAGCUCAUGCCUUUGGAGUCCGCUUACAAAUAUGCACUGGAUCAGUACACCGGGGAGAAGUGGAAGGAGACGGUGGAGUACAUGGAGGUGUCUCUGCGACUCUACCGGCUGUUGCGGGACAGCGAGGCCUUCUGCAACCUUAACUGCAGCUCCGUGAGGCUGGAGGACGAGCAGAGGUUUGCGGAGUUUCCAGAGCUGCAGGCGUUUGGAAACGUUAUGAAGAGAGCGCAGUGCCUGAAGCGCUGCAAACAGGGCUUACCCGCUUUCAGGCAGACCAUGCCCAGCCGGGACACUAUAGAUGAAUUUGAGAGGAGGGAGCCGUACAAAUACCUUCAAUAUGCCUACUUCAAAUCUGAUAACCUGGCCAAGGCGGUGUCUGCUGCCCACACCUUCCUCCUCAAACACCCGGAUGAUGAGAUGAUGCAGAGAAACAUGGCCUACUACAAGAGUCUGCCUGGAGCCGAGGAGCACCUGAAAGACCUGGAGACCAAGUCCUACGAGACCUUAUUUAUACGUGCUGUGAGGGCGUACAAUGGCGAAAACUUCCGUACCUCGGUGUCAGACAUGGAGCUGGCACUGAGGGACUUCUUCAAGGUCUACGACGAGUGUCUGGCUGCGUCUGAGGGACCGAGGGACAUCAGAGAUUUUAAAGACUUCUACCCCUCGAUAGCUGACCACUACAUGGAAGUGCUGGAGAGGAAGGCCGGGUGUGAGAGCGACCUGACACCUGUUGUCGGCGGUUAUGUUGUUGAGAAGUUUGUGGCCACCAUGUACCACUACUUGCAGUUCGCCUACUACAAGCUGAAUGACUUGAAGAAUGCAGUGCCGUGUGCAACCAGCUACUUGCUGUUUGACCCCAAUGAUGAAGUCAUGAAGAACAACGUGGAGUAUUACAAGUUCCACAAAAGCAAGUGGGGGCUGAUAGAUGAGGAUUUCCUCCCCAGAUCAGAGGCAGUCCGGUACUACAAUCAGACCACCAUGCAGCUUCAGAUGUUGGAGUUCUCCAAACAGCGUCUGGCCAGCGACGAUGAGGGGGAGGUGGUCGAGUUUAUAGAUGAGUUCCUGGACGAGGAUGAGUAGAAGAUUCUGCUGAAACACUGAAAAACAACACCAAACACUCCCAAUUUUUAUAUUUAUCGGGGUUUACAGUCUGUGGUUGAUCGAGUUUGUUUUACUUUCCUGCUGCGUGCCCAUUAAUAUUCUGUUCAGUGGACAUACAGCAUAGUGGCUUAAUAAUUUAAAGAAAACGGAGAUAUUUUGUCUCAUCUUUUUAUGAAUGAAUUCCUCCACUGUGAAUCACCCGAGUAUGACAUUUUUU